AUGGAUAUGGACCACAUGCAUCAUGAUCCCGGCUUGGGGAUGGAAGUCAACUAUGCCUUUGCUCGCGCAUAUUGGUAUAUCAUUGCUGGUGUCGUGGGCACCCUCCUCGCUGUCCGCGGCAUCAAUCACCUAGAAGCUCAGCAAAGAUUAAAAGCAUGUCGCGAUCCAGCAAUAGACCACCCCACCCGACCACGAGGAACUCCAAGUCAAAUAUGGGCGACAGCAACAGCCAUCAUUCGAGAAAUGGCCCAUCCGCAAUACUACAUCACAACUAAAGGCCUCCAAUGGGCUACGCCACUUCCCCUCGGCCGGAUCAUCAUUCUAGCAUGCUACUGGGUCGUUGUCGUAUACAUGAUGAGCUGGCAAGUAGCAAAGAACGACGUGUACUACUGGGAACGUAUCGGAUAUCGCAACGCAUGGGUAACUCUGAUGCAGUUUCCCCUGGUUUACCUUUUGUCGACAAAGGUCAAUGUUAUCGGUUUCCUCGCAGGAACCAGCCACGAGAGGCUCAACUGGUUACAUCGAUGGGUUGCGCGCACAAUGUUUGUCACCGCAACGGUUCACGGAUUCCAUUUCUGGACCAUGUGGGUACGUGCUGAGUUUCUCGACUACGCCCUCAGUAUCCUGCCUCUGGUCAAGUAUGGACUGGCAGCCUGGGCCAUUCUUCUUUGGAACGUCGUAACUGGUAUUGUGCCUAUUCGCAGGCUUUCGUAUGAGGUGUGGGUGGCUCAGCAUGUUGUCACCAGUAUUGUUAUGCUGUGGUUGCUCCACAAGCAUAUUCCUGCUAAUUCCCGCUGGCUUCUGUGGAUGAGCGUCUCGUUCCUUGUUUUUGAUCGUGCCAUGAGAUGGAUUCUUCUAUUGUGGCAGAAUGUUCGUUUACGACCGCAAGGAACAGCGUGUCAGGGCAUGAAGCAUCUCGGACAUCGUGUGGCUGCUCGAGUUGUUGGACCAGCGACCACGGUAAUCACCAUUAAGGACGUGCACUUCAAAUGGAAGGCUGGACAGCACAUCUACCUUUGGCUUCCACGUCUGGGUCUGUUUGAAGCGCAUCCGUAUACAAUUGCUUGUGCACACAAGCUCGAGGGAACAUGUUGUUGCAACAGUAUACAACUUGUCGUGCGGGCCCAUUCUGGGUUCUCCAAGCGUAUACACGAGUAUGCGACAAAGAAUACUGCUUCUGAGCUUACAGGCUUUGUAUCAGGACCGUAUGGUGUUCCCCCACAGUGGGACAUUUACGAGACGCUGGUACUGAUCGGAGCGUCGACCGGAGCGAGUUUUGUUGUUCCCAUCCUUGAGAGUGUAGCGGUAGCACAAAAAUCGAACUGUACACGAAAAGUCGAAGUUGUUCUCACAGCAAGAACAGCGCAGGAAAUUAAAUAUUAUGUUGAAAGAGCCGAAGAAGCCGGUCGAAUGGUACGUGCAAAGGGCAUCGCUGUCAGCAUCCACAUCGCAGUUACAGGGUCCAGCGACAAAACAGAAGGCCCAGUUUUCGUUUCUCGACCUGAAUCGGCAGAGUCGUCAAGAUCGAGCGACUCUGAUGACAUCCAACCCAUCAAGGGAUCUACGGGAUGCUGUUGCAGCAGCGGCACAGACGAAAAAGAAUGUCCGAGCGAUUCACCGUGUCGUGUGGAAAAGUCAAUAUCAGUACCAGAGCUUAUUCGGGAGUACACGUGCCGCCCAGAUAUCGAGGCCAUGAUCCGAGAACCAGUAGAGCAAGCUUGGGGGGAGACAGGGGUUGUUGUUUGUGGUGGUCGUGAGAUCGUGGCGCAGACGAGGAAUUUCUUGACCAGGCUACCUCUUUUUGCUUGCUUCAUCUCCAUCGACAAACCAUUCUGCCAUCAUUUCUUGUCUCUUCUUUUCUCUCCUUCUUCAUGCUUCACCUUUGAGAUUGUCUCUCCACCGCUGACCGGCCAUGCCUUCGAGGCGCCGGUACCACUACCAGGCGCGGCCUUCGAGGCCUUAUGCCCUGGCUCAAGCUGGAGUGAGGCUGGUCGCUUGGAUCACCAGCCUCGCCGCUGUCCUGCUCCUCGCAUACGUCUGCAAAGAAUGGUCGUCCAAGAGUCAAGUCAUUAUCGCCGGUGCUGUGGGUUCCCCAGACUAGUCACUUCAAGAAAAGUUCUCCACGAUUUGUUCGCGCUGGCGCUCUGCGUGGGCGGCAUCAUUAUGAUGUGGGUAUCCAACAUCAACAUCUCCUCCGACAAGAAGCCCGGUCAGAGAAGGCAGGAACUGUGGCUUAUGGCUGCACUCUGGGCAUUAAUAGCAGUGGUCAACCGAUUGGCCUGUGGCGGAUCACGGAGGGUAUUGGAUGAAAAGAAGUUUGUUGCAACUCGGCUAUACACGGAUGCCGUCCACACUUGGAUCAACAUCGCUGGCAUAGACAUCCUUUCCGAAUAG